AUGGCGUCGCCGGCACCGCCCUUCACCGAUGCUCGUCCGGCGCCGCCCUGCAUCCCUGACGCCCCGGCGGCUCCGCCCUGCUGCCCCGACGCCUCGCCGGCCAUGGAGGCGCAGGCGACCCUCCCGGACCACCUGACGGAGGACAUCCUGCUGCGCCUCACCACGGCCGCCGACCUCGCCCGCGCCUCCAUGGCCGGGCCCUCCCUCCGCCGCAUCGUCGCCGAGCACUCCUUUCUCCGUCGUUUCCGCACCCUCCACCCGCCGCCUCUCCUGGGCGUACUCUCCGACCCCUUCCUCCCAGCCCAGCCGCCCCACCCCUCCGCCGCCGCCGCCCGAACCCUCGCCGGCACCGACUUCUCCUGCUCCUUCCUCCCCUCCCGCGACCAGCCCUGGAUUCUCCACGACUUCCGCGAUGGCCGCGCCCUCCUCUGCACCGCCACCGACCACCACUGCCUGGCGAGGGACGUCGCCGUGUGCGACCCGCUGCGCCGGCGCUACCUCCUGCUACCCCCCGUCCCCCGCCUGCCCGAUCUGGUUUUUUGCCUGGAUCCUUUCCUUGCUCCCGCCGGCGGGGACGAGGGCGUUGAUGACACUGCUGCGGACGCUCCCUCAAGAUUCAAAUUCAUGUGCUUGGCCCAGUACCAGACCCGCUUGGUCCUCUACGUCCACUCUUCGUCAGGUCCCCAUGCCGGACAAUGGCGCGCCGUCGCAUUUGAUGGCUGGACCGCUCUCCUCGCAGGAGUCAGUGUCCAUGUGCUGUCCGCUGUUACGGUCGGAAAGCGCUACUACGCGCACGGGUGCUUCUGUUGGGCGGUAUGUGCGAUGGACAAGUUGCUCAUGCUCGACACGGCCACCACGGAGUUCUCCACCGUCGACCUUCCGUCUGAUCUCAUGAAUCACGAGCUGGCCUUUGUGGAAGCAAGCCAAGGGAGGCUUGGGAUGUUCGCUCUCAGCCAAACUCCCACACACCGCGUGCCUCGCCUCCGGUAUUCCAUUUUGGUUAGCACUGGGGACGACGACCCAGGGCAGUGGCAAAAGAAAAAGGUGGUCAAAUUGUCCCAUGAUCACCUCUAUCGGAUCAUUGGUGUAGCUGGGGGGUACCUGCUCCUGUAUGUGGUUACAGACGACCCGGAACCGUACCAUCCGGAUAAAGUGCCGGACCCGGGCUGCUGCUUUUCACUGAAUCUUCACACUAUGGAUCUUGAGCGCUUCUCUCGGAAUAGUGACAUAAUGCCAUUGCAGGACCAACUGUAUUCGGGCUUCCCGCCAUACUUGUCUCCACCAACCAUUUGA